AUAGAUAGGUGGACGGAGCCAGUGAUUGCGGGGAGUUCCAGUUCAAAGUGACGCCAUAGAGGGCGCCACUAGCAUCGACCAGUUCAAUCAGUCUACGGGUUUGUGUGAUUGAAGUGCAACCGUGAGUACAAUUAAUCGAGCAAAAAAAAAAAGUAGCAGUGACAAUUAAGAAGUCAAGCCAAUUUGAACUUUAUUUCAAGGACAUUUUAACUUUAAAAUUUUGUAAUUAUAUAUAGAUAUUUCAACUUAGUUUUAAGAGUGUGUAUAUUGUAAGGACUUAGAAUAAUUCUAAGAAACGUUGAACCUAUUCCCGAUUUUUGAAAGAGUGAAUUUGUAGUUCAAACACUUGUAAAAUUUUUCGGAUUCUUUGAGACUUCAUUCGAAUUCAUUAAUUUUAAAACACUUCAUAAAUUAUUAAAUAUCAAGAACAUGGAAGGCAAAAUUAAUAUAUUAAAAGACCUCCAAAAUGUUAUUCAAAAAGCUUUAACUAAUGUUAAAAAGUGUCCGAAAGAUAGACUUACUUUAGAAUAUAUUCAAGCAAGACUUGAAUUACUUGAAAAUGAUUGGGAUUCAUUUAAAAAUACUAAAACUCAACUUUACGGUCAUUAUAAAUUAGAGGAUAUAAUAGGUCAAAAGGUUGUGGAUAUUUAUGAUUCAACCGAAGAUACUUACAUUACAUGUAAAUGUUUAAUGAAGUCUAUUCUUAACAAGCUCAAUGUUGUCAGUGAGUCGCAAAUUCCAAAGGGCGGUCCUAACAAUAAUACUGGUAGUUCAAAAUCAUCCAAUUCGUUCGUAAAGUUACCGAAAAUUGCAAUCCCAACCUUUUCAGGCAAAUACAGUGAAUGGACAACCUUUCACGAUUUGUUUAUAUCUUUAGUCCACGAAAAUACGUCAUUAGACAAUGUUCAAAAACUGCACUAUCUGAAGAGCCACCUUACAGGUGAAGCUGAACAGUUGGUCAGGCAUACACCAAUUUCAGCUGCUAAUUAUAGCGAAUGUUGGUCACAAUUAGAGAGGCGUUAUGCUAAUAAGAAGUACCUAACUAAUUGUAUUCUAAAAAGAUUGUUUGGCCAAAAACGAAUAAAUUUCGAAUCAGCUAGCGCGUUAAAGGAAUUGUUAGAUACCACAAGCGACUGUUUAAGUGCGCUAACAAAUCUUAGUAUCGAUGUGAGUACAUGGGACGUUAUCAUCAUCCAUAUCGUAACGUUCAAAUUAGAUAAUGAGACCAGGAAGCAGUGGGAGUUAAGCGUUUCUAACAUUUCCAGCAACGAAUUGCCAACCUUUCAGCAGUUUCAAACGUUUAUGGAAAGUCGGUUUCGGGCGCUAGAAUGUAUCGAGCCCAGGAAAGCUGUCGGACACCAGGUCAGUAACAGUUUCAACGCUCAUAGCUCUAAAGUGAUGAUAGCCACAAAGUCAUCCUAUAUUGUACGUUGCGAAUACUGCUCGGAACCUCACAAGCUCUGUUUCUGUAAAAAAUUUGCUAAACAGUCCAUAGUAAGCAGGCGCGAGUUUGUAGCAAAAAAUAAAAUAUGCUUCAAUUGUUUAGGCAGCAAUCAUACAGUGUACGACUGUAAAAAGCAGACCUCCUGUAGAGUUUGCAAAAAGCGCCAUCAUUCCUUGCUGCACCCUUACGGAGAGCCAGAGAAUAAAGGCCAAGAUGCAGUAGCAACGCCUAUGGUGGAUAGCACUAGUUCUUCGACUAGUGAUAAUCCUAUUGUGACGUGCUUGUCUACAGGUAAGGUUCCCAAGCCCAGACAGGUGUUAUUAGCUACUGCGUUAAUAAAAGCCGAGUCAAAGACUGGUGAAUUCCAGACUGUUCGAGCCCUUCUUGAUCAAGGCUCACAAGCUUGUUUUAUAACAGAAGCUGCCGUCCAAUUUCUUAGUCUUAAGAAAAUUCCAGUUCAAGGGCUUGUUUCAGGUUUAGGCAAUAAUCAAUCAAUCAUUGCGAAGCACAUGGUACAGUUUACAAUCAAAUCAACAGUCCAUGUUGAUUUUCAACUUAAGAUAAAUGCGUACGUCUUGAGUAAGAUCACAUCAUACUUACCUGAGCGAUGUAUUCAACCAAGUUCAUUUGAUUGGAUUGACAUCAACGGUCUGUGUUUGGCAGAUCCUAAGUUCAACACACCCAAUAAAAUAGACAUAUUAUUGGGUGCAGAUGUUUAUGGUUACAUCGUCAAGGAAGGCAUAAUUAAGAGUCCGUCUGGUACUCUUAUAGCACAGAACACCACUUUAGGGUGGGUCCUUUCCGGUGUUGUCAGUUCGGAUAUUGAUAGGUCAAGACAGCACAUUAAAAAUAUAAACGUACAUUAUGCACAGUUCAACGAAGAUCAACUCCUGAAAAAGUUUUGGGAGAUAGAAGAGCAAUCUAGUACAAAGAAAAUCUUAAGUCCAGAAGAGCAAAAAUGCGAAGAAUUAUAUAGUAAAACUACUAAGCGAGAUGAUACAGGAAGAUAUAUAGUACACUUACCGUUCCGCGAUGAUAAUCCUGCAUGUAAGGCCGGAGGUUCUCGUGAAAUAGCUAAAAUAAGAUUCAAAUCGUUAGAAAAAAGAUUAAAUAAGAACAUAAAUUUAAAACAAAGGUAUACAGAAGUAAUUAAUGAGUAUUUACAAUUAGGACAUUUAAGAGCUGUAAAAAGCGAUAAUAAAAUGAAUGAAGCGGUUUACUUACCACAUCACGCGGUUAUUAGAGAAGAUAAGACCACGACGAAGGUACGUGUUGUGUUUAAUGCUUCUGAAAAAAAUAAAAUACGGAUACCUCGGUGGCUUGGUACAAGUUCGACUGACGAUCGGGAACUGCACGGGUUUAGUGACGCCUCCAAAGCUGCGUAUUCAGCCGUAGUUUACUUGAGAAUUAUCGAUUCUACAGGUAAAAUUCAAGUUGCGUUGUUGGUUGCAAAAACUCGAGUAGCCCCCAUUAAGCAAAUAAGCAUUCCACGCUUAGAGUUAUGUGGUGCAGUACUGCUAUCAAAGCUUUUGAUAGAAACCGCACAAGUACUCAAUAUUUCAAAAGUGAAGGACAAAAAUUAUAAUAGUUCAAAUGUAAGUUAUUUGACUAGGUGGCAAUUCGUUCAAAGGAUGUUACAGUCAUUCUGGAAACGCUGGUCACAAGACUAUUUGUCGAACCUUAUGAAUAGAUACAAAUGGUCGUCUCAAGUUCCGGAGCCCAAUAUAGGAGACAUCGUAUUAAUUAAAGAAGACGACUUACCACCAAGUCGCUGGCUAUUAGGUCGUGUUGUACAAAAGCACCCAGGUGAUGAUAAUGUCACACGUGUAGUCUCAGUGCGGACUAAAUUCUCGACCAUCAAAAGACCAACGUCAAAGUUAUGCGUUUUACCAGUUACGGUUUAAUGUUACAACAUAGUUAGUCCAUUUUAUUUACAAUAUUUUUAUGUAUGUUUAGACCAAAAAGGGAUUUUUAUUUAGCGUUAGUUGUGUUUAGUUAUAUUAUUAAUAUUUAAGGUCUACAUGUUAAGUUCAUGUAUUUUAAGUUCAAAAUACCAUCCCAUAAGUUCAUCGUCAUUGUACUUAAGAAGGACAUUCCGUCAAUAAUGUCCUUGGUGGGCGGUAUGUUCAAGAGCAAAAUGUAUUAUAAUAGUAAUUAGUUAAACCAUAGCGCGAUAGAUGGC